ACAGGCAGACACACACACACACACACAACAGAGAGAGAAACAGACAGAGAGACACACUCUCACACACACAGACAGAGCUGGACGGAGGCCGCCGCGCGCGCCCUUUAUUGGAUCCUACCGGACCCGGAUUAAUGAAUCUGCUCCCGGACCGGGUUUGGCCCGGGUUUUAGCCCGGAGGCUCAGAUAGAUGAAGAGGCCAUGGAGAGCCGACACAUGUGCACUCUGACCCUGCUGCUGGUGUCGGUGUGUCCGCUCUGCUGCAGAGCCACCUGGAUGUGGCUGGGCGUGGGUCCUGGUUCUGACCCGGCUCCUGGUUCUGACCCGGGUUCUGGUUCUGUCCUGGGUCCUGGUCCUGGUCCUGGUCCUGGUCCUGGUCCUGUCCCCCAGAGCCGUGUGUGUGCCGACCUCCCUCUGAGUCCGCGGCAGCGGGAGAUCUGCAGGAAGAAGCCGUUUCUGCUGCCGAGCGUCCGCGACGGCGCCCGCCUGGCCGUCGCUGAGUGUCAGAACCAGUUCAGAAACGAGCGCUGGAACUGCUCCACCAGCACCGACCCGGCCCGGUUCCGCCAGCAGCUGACCGCCGGAACCAAAGAAACGGCGUUCAUCUACGCCGUGAUGGCGGCAGGGCUGGUCCACGCCGUAACGCGUGCCUGUAGCCAUGGCAACAUGACGGAGUGCGGCUGCGACACGCGGCUGCGGGGUGGCAGCUCGCCGGAGGAAGGCUGGCACUGGGGCGGCUGCUCGGACCACAUCCAGUAUGGCGUCUGGUUCAGCCGCAGGUUCAUCGACGGCGCCGGAAGGAACACGACGGCCGUCGACGAAGGAUACGAGCUGAGCAGCGCCAGCCGGAACACGACGGCCGCCGGGCGAGGUUACACGCCGAGCAGCGCCAACCGGCACAACAGCGAGGCCGGACGGCAGGCGAUCGUGAAAACGAUGUUGACCCACUGCCGUUGCCACGGCGUUUCCGGUUCCUGUGCCGUGAAGACAUGCUGGAAGACGGUGGCGCCAUUCGAGCGCGUGGGAGCGUACCUGAAGCAGCGCUACGAGCAGAGCGUCCAGGUGUGGGACCGCUCCAAGAGGAAGCCGCGACGAAAGCAGCCACGCCGCCUCCCGGUUGCCGCGCAUCAACUCGUCUACUUCAACAAGUCUCCCAACUACUGCGUGGCGGACCGGCGCCGUGGCGUGGCCGGGACCAGAGGCCGGCGCUGCAGCCGAACGUCCACGGGCCCGGACAGCUGCGUCCUGCUGUGCUGCGGCCGCGGCUACAACACGCACCUGGUCCGGCACGUGCAGCGCUGCGAGUGCAAGUUCGUCUGGUGCUGCUACGUCCACUGCCGGCGCUGCGAGAGCAUGAACGACAUGCACACCUGUAAAUAAUCACCUGGACACUAAGACAGGGACACACCUGUAAAUAAUCACCUGGACACUAAGACAGGGACACACCUGUAAAUAAUCACCUGGACACUAAGACACUAAACUUCAUCCAGAGAUUUUAUUUUAACAGAAGACUUUGAUCUUAAACUCUGAGUUGUAUUUGAGUUUGUUUGCAGCAGUUAAUUUGUAGAGUGUGUGUGUGUCUCUGUGUGUGUGUGUCUCUGUGUGUGUGUGUGUCUCUGUGUGUGUGUGUGUCUCUGUGUGUGUGUGUGUCUCUGUG